ACAGAAACCACUCAAAAUGCCCACAAGACUAAAAGCUAUUUCACUUUCGGCUUUGACAUUUCAGGUUUGAAAUGAUGGAGGUGGGCACCCGGGUCUUUUCCAAUGCUGAGAUCACGUGGGUUUUGGGAAUUUCUCUUUGUGAUCAGAAGUGUCUCUGUCGCCUUCGUUUCCUUCCUACAGAGGAAACUUCUCUCCUACAUUAAGCCUGUGGGCUCCUUCAGGCAACAGAAAACCUCCAUAAUCCUCCUUGGAUCUGCUGCUAUCAAGUCCCUCAGCCAAUGAGACUUCUGUCUGGGGCUCUAUGUGCUUCCAGCAUAAUUGGUCCUGAACAUAGGAACACUCUACUCACCUUUGAGUUGUCCAGUGACUUGGUCACGAGUCAUCUCUGGUCGCAGAAGUCACCAUGACAUCCUGUUGCCCAGCUGGCAGGUACCCUUGUGAGUUGGCUACAGAUAAAGGAGGCAGAAAUAGGUUUACAGCCCAACCUUGAAUUUGCUGAGUUCUCCACAUUGCCCUUCAGCCUAUAGCCCAUUUUUAUAGACAGCUGGUUCUAAAUAUUUUAAUAAAUGACCUCUGGUUUUGUUUAAAUAUCUUUGUUUCACUGAAACUUUGGGGACUGGACUGAACCAGACCUCUCAUAGACUUAAAAGGUGUUCAUUACUUGAGAUUUAUAUCCUCGAGAGAGUAGAAGGUGUGGAGUGCUGUUCGUCACCAUCAUGUGUCUUCUCUACCUAAAUUAUGGCCUUCUCUGACAAGGCUGUUUUGUUUUUCCACAUGAUCGAAGCAUCUUAACAUAAAAAUAUACCUAUCAUAACAAAAUAGCACCCAGAACAUUUGGCUAUAUCAGUCACUACUAAUAUUUUAAGAGAAAGCUAUGAGACAGCAGUAUAUUUGCAUUAUUUCAUCUGUGGCCUCCCCUAUACUGUCUCCUUUUGGGCCUUGUGCUUUGUUUAAUUGAAUCUCCCGACGGGUUUAGUCAGACGUGCUGAUGGCUUCCUUUAUUUGCUGACUAAUUGUCACAGUGGCAAAUGUCCAGGCUACGAUUGCUCAGAAAUAGGCUUUGGGGCUUUCUGCUUAGCCAACACUUCUGCAGCUUGGCCUAGGCCCCUUGUAAAUGGCCAAGGCUUGGCAACAACCCCGUCCUCCAUCAAAAUAGAUCCCAUCUGGCCCUCACACCCACCUCGUUAAAGAUUAAACAGGGCCCCGUUCCCUUCCUGCCCCUAACAAGAUGUUAUUUUCCACUGACGUUCCCCCUCAACCCACAAAUGAAGACACAGACGGCCACAAACAUAGACAUGUGCACACAUGUACACACUCACACAGGUGGCUACCCAGCACAUAGUCACACAGACACACACACACACCCCCCUAAAAAGACUCUCCAUGACAUAUGUACACACAUGACACACAGAGUAAUAUAUGACCCAUCACACACAAGCUCUCAGACACACACAGUGACACACAGACAUGACGGACAGAGACACACACAAGACACCCCCCCCAUCUCUUUCACAUCUGGAAACACACACAGAGACACUGGCACAGCUGUAAUGGACAAACAUGCAAAGACAAAUAGUGGCAGACACACAGAAACAGAGGGACACAGUCACAAAUGAAUACAUAAGACAGACAGAUGCACACACAUGGAGACCAAUACACAUGUACCUAUGUAAACACAUACAUCCUAUCUCACAUGGACAGACUGCCCUCUCUCCCUCUCUCUCUCUCUCUCUCACUCGCACGCUGUUUCUUUCUCUUUCUUGCACACACAGACCAUAUCUUUCACAGCUGGAGACAGGCACAUACACACACACACACACACACAUACACACGGAGGUGCACACAUACAAAUGAAGCUGCAGACAAACACACAGAUGUGACAGACAGGAACACAUACAGAGUAGACACACAAAUAGUGGUAGACAUGCACAAGCACACACACACUUGCACAGACUCUCUCUCACAUCUGGAGACACACACACACACACACACACAAACAGAUACAGCCGCAAAUGAAGACAGACACACACACACACUACCAGAUAGAUGCACAUGUGUGCACACACAUACACGCACACACACACCAGCACAGACAUGACAGAUGCAGGAUAGACACAGACACACACAGCCACAAAUGAAAACAUAGACAGAUGCAUACAUGCAGAGACUAGCACACAUGCACACAGACACAAACAUCACAUGCGCGCGCGCGCGCACACACACACACACACACACACACACAACUGUUUCCCCCCCACCCACCAUGGCCUCCCCUCUGGGCCUUUCCCAGUGGCCGAGGCGGGGGGUUCCCCAGGCUGGGGUGGGGGGUUCCUGCUGGGAGGCCCCUGGGGCUGCCCCACUGCCUUGGGCAGGAGGGUGGUGCCCAGGUGGGGCAGAGCAGGGACCCGUAGCUGGGGGGGGGGCACUGCGCCAGGAGGGGACACAGGGUGCCCCAGCCCCCGCAGACACCUUCAGCUAUUUCCUUCCUCUUCCUUCCCCUCCCUGGGCCUGUCCCCACGCACAGACACACAUGACGCGUGGGCUGGGGAGGGCUGUGAGUCACUGGGGACCCGUGACGCAGGCCUUGGCUUGGCUGCAGCAGACGGGACCUGGCCGCAGAGAGAGGAGGACGUGGCACUGGGGACAUGAGCUCCAUGGUCUUCAGCCCCUGGAGCAGCAGUGAGACCCUUACAACCCCACAGGGGGGCGCUGCAGGGGCCCCAGCCCCCUAUGAGGAGGAGACGCCCCCCUGCGGCUGCUAUCAGGCCCUGAGGAGAGACCUGCUGGGGCCAGAGGGGUACAGAGCCCCAGUGCAGCCGCUGUUCAAUGACCUGGAUCGGGUGCAUCAUGGUCCACUGGAGGCCCAUGCCGCUCUCCUGCCUGGCAGAGAGGGGGCUCCUGGUGCCAGCGACCUGCUGGGGCCCCUGGAGCAGCGGCUGGGGCGGGUGGAGCUGCAGCAGAAGACCCUGCACAACAUCCUGGCUGUGAUGAGCCGGGAGCUAAGCCGGCGUGAGGAGCCUGGGGCUGCAGCCUCUGAGGCCCUGGGGGAAGCCCUGGCCCGAAUCCUGCAGCUGGAGGAGAAGGUGGCCCAUCAGGACUCGCUUCUGGCCAUCAAGGAUGUCAUGAUCAGCAGCUUGGGUGCCCGCAUCCAGACCCUGGAGCAGACGUCCUAUGAUGGGCGCUUCCUCUGGAAGGUCACCGACAUCACCCUUCGGAGGCGGGAAGCCCAGACAGGCCAGAGGCUUGCCCUCUACUCCCCCUCUUUCUACACCCACCGCUACGGCUACAAGCUUUGCCUUAAACUCUUCCUCAAUGGGGAUGGAGCUGGAGCCGGGACUCACCUCUCUCUCUUCUUGGUGGUGAUGAGGGGGGAAUACGACUUCCAGCUCCAGUGGCCCUUCCAGCACAAGGUCACCUUCAGCCUUCUGGACCAGAGUGGGCAGCGGCACGUGUCCACUUCUUUUCGCCCCCUGGGGACCUCCUCAUCCUUCCAACGGCCUGUUGGCAAGAACAACAUCGCCAGCGGCCUCCCUGAGUUCUUCCCCUUGCGUCAGCUGGAAGCCCCGAGUGGGGCCACCUACCUCCAAGAGGACACACUGGUCUUCCAGGCUUUGAUAGACCCCAACGUUUAAGGUGGGCAUUCACAAAGGACUAGAGCCUCAGGCCCCUACAACAAGGCCAAUGUCUUUGAUACACCCUUGGCGUGCUUCAAGAUGGCUGGGCACACCACGUCUCCCCAGUAAAUGCUUCCUCCAAGAUGACCACCAAUCAGAGGUGGCCAACAUCUUUAACUCCACCCUUGGUGUCUUUCAAAAUGGACGCCUGCACCAAGUCUCCCUGAUAUGUGCCUUCCUCCAAGAUGGGUGCCUGUAAGACAUGGUCAACAUUUUCGACUGCACCCAUGGCAUGUUCCAAGAUGGCCACCUGUGCUGUAUCUCCCUGGCAAACUUUUUCCAAGAUGGUUAGCCAUAGGAUAGGCAACGUUUUUGUUAGCAGCUUAAGAUGGCUGCCUGUGCUGUGUGCUCUUGCCAAAAGCUUCCUUCAAGAUGGCUACCUGCAAGGUGUAGCCAACACAUUUUUAAGAUGGCUACCUACACCAUAUCUCACCAGCAAAUGUGCCUGCCCAUAAGACACAGUAACUUCUUUGGCUCCACCCUUGGCAUGUUUCAAGAUGGCUGCCUAUGCCACAUCUCUCUGCCAAACACUUCCUCCAAGACAGCCACCUGUAAGAUGUGGCAUUGCUUUGUUGGAUGUUGAUCUUUAGUUCCACCCUUAAUGGGUUUCAAGAUGGCCACUACUACCGAGUUUCCCUGACCCCAAUGACCACCAGGAAAAACACCAUCUGGACAAAGUCUACUUUCAAGAUGGCUGCCUAAGAUGUGGCUUCUGCUCCCAAGAUGGCUGCCACAGCAAGACAUCUCCUUGGUGAAGGUUCCUUUCAAGAUGGCUACCCACAUGAUGGCUAACCUUCUUCCAAGGCAGUCACCUGCCUCUUGGGUGUCUCUCCCACUAGUCCCUAGCCAAUAGUCUCCUUCAAUGGUGGUCAUGACCAACGGAGUCCCCGCACCAACCCAAUCCCAUGGGAUCCAUCCAAGAUGGCUGCUUGGCACCUUCCAAAAUGGCCUCCAUCUAAUCUGAAGGCUUUGCUCCAAAGCCAGUAACCAAGAUGCCUGCCCAUGGAAAAAGAAAGGAGGAGGAAAAAUCUACUUGGUGGCCAUCUUGAAAGCCACUUUCCAAGAUGGCGGGAGAUGCUGGGUGGCAGCCAUGUUGGAAGAGGUCUUGUGUCACAGGAACCACGAAGGGAUGACAGUGGUCUUCAAAAAUGGGUCUUGCUCAUGACAGUGGCCUCCUACUGGCCCCCUGCCUGAUGCCUGGGGCCAAGAGGGCGUGAUUUUUGACCCCUCCCCCCAUUGGUCACAUUUCCCAGCAGACUGAGAUGAACCUAUUUAUUUUGACAACAUUAAACUUAAUUUAUUGGUUUACGACUA